AUGGAUACACUGUUCUCCGCCGUGUGUGACCUCACAUCCGUCUCUCCAGACAGACUUUGGUCUGCCGGCAUUUUCUUUUUGUUUUCCCGGUUCGGCUUCAGUCCUCCCAACAAUUAUUUGUUUUGUUGAGCGGCUAAGCGGACCAAGACGCACUUCAGCUUUUGCUACACUCCCCUGCUCCACAAUGCCUGGGUUUUCAGACAGAGAUCGUGGCAGAGAUAGAGGGUGAGUCGCAGCUCUCGGUUUCCUCCAACGUUAGCCGAAAUGAUUAGCCUAGCAUCAGGGUGCUCGCGCCCGGCUGUCAUGGCUGACAGGACGGUUGACAUGGUCUUCGCAUCGCCCCGCGUUAUUGUUAACCUACAUUCACUUAUUAAACCGUGAAAGUUGUUCUAUUUUUGCGGACUCGCUGUAGUUGUGUGUAUGUAUUUGUAAUGCCCCUCGUUGUCGUGUUGAAGAGAGGUAAAAUGGCAGCUGAUGGCGGCGGUGUGUCUGUAGCUGGGCAGUUACCGCUGCUGCUCUCCGCUCGUUAUGACGCAGUGGCGUCUCCUUCUGCGGAUCCACAGCUGACACCGAGAUCUGUGUCGCAGAGGCCCCAAUUUAUCUUAAACGACCCAUUUCCCAACAACAGUCCGGUUUCAGUGUCUUCUAAACGGGCUGCUCUUAACCUGGCUUUCUCAUGUUUAUAGGCGAGGCAUGUCCAUCUUCAUUUAAAGGCCCGACAUACCAGAGACUCUCUUUACAAUUCUGCUGUGAGCAUUUACAACAGGUUACGGGUAUCGCAAUACCGGAAUGCUGAAAAUAAAAAUAUCUCAUUGCACUUAUUGUUUUUUGUUUCAUCAAAACUUUUCGUUAACUGGUAAAAAUAAGUUUAAGUAAAGGUUGUAGGGGAGAGUGGGGUAAGUUGAGCCACCCCCUGUUGCUUGGAAAUGGUAAAAGAAAUUGAUCAUGUGACCAAAUAUUUAGGAGAUGGGCAUCAAUUCAUGGAGUCUGUGAAGGUUAGAGGCACAUGAGUGAAGGGUUAGACAUUUAUUCACAAAACAUUUUUUACUCUUGAAAGUGAAUUUAGUCUGUCAUAAGUUUUAUUAGAAUUGUCUUCAGACAAAAAAAAAAGAUCAUUUUAAAUUUGUUUUAUACAUCAAUUGUGGUUUCUAUGAGCUACAACAUGAGGUCAAAUAUAACAUAAAAGUCCACCAUUUUAUUUUAGAGGACUAAUAAAGUCAUAAUAGUAGUUCUGGGUUAACUGAGAAAGUAAAAGAGUCUGAUGAGAGGAUCAGAGUUUCAGUUCAGAUUGUUGAAAUGUUUGACUUUUCUUUUUUUAAAAAUACAGCUGUGAACGUUCUGAAUCACUUAAAGACAUUCUCAUGUUAAAAUGGCUUUUUACAAAACAGCUUUUUAGCAGUUUUAUGCAAUAAUAAUAAAAAGAAUUAUUGUAAGAAGUGACUGUUAUUUAGGGAGAGAGAAGGUGAGAGAGGGCUGGGGUGGAGAGUGUGAGUGAGUGUGUGUGUGUGUGUGUGUGGGGGGGGGGGGGGGGGGUCGUAGGGAUAUGGCUCAACUUACCCCGCUCCUAUGGUCAACUUACCCCAUACACGGGGUAAGUUGACCAUAGGAGACCACUUUUUUUGGCAUGCUAUAUUAUCAAGACAGUUGUGUUUACUCUUAUUCUGUUGGUUUGCAGGGAUGAACAACAUCUUGAAAUAUAUGCAGAUACACUAGUUAGAGACAAAACUAUGAUUGACUUGAUGUAGUGAUCUGAAAUAUGAAAAAUGGCUCAUCUUACUCCACUCUCCCCUAAAGGUUGAUACUAGAAGUACCAGAGAAGUCUUGUGAUUGUAAAGCAAACAGUCAAAGUCCUUAGAGCUCAAAUAGUUCCGUGUAUUGCCUCAAGGAUGUGAAGUUAUUGUCUGUGUGGUAAAUUAUGUCCUCCACAAAUAUCAUUGAACUCAAGGCCACCUUUGCUUUGAGUUAUUUAUCAAUGUGGUGUCAGAAAAGUGACAUUUGUUUUGAAAAACAUAAGCCCUCAUUUGUCCAACCAAUUGUUACAAGACCCUAUAGUCAUUACCGAAACAGACAAAGACAAGCAGAGAAUCAAUGCACUUCUGUUUGACACUCCUGUUUGGUAAAUGAUUAAUAACAUUAAGAUUAAAUUGUGUAAUUGUUGUAAUUGUUUGAGUUCUGUGUUGCACUCUUUCUGUCAGCAGCACACAGACCCUUUCAUUAUGUGUCCCUGUCUUUCCCAAAGGUAUGGAGGAGGACCCCCUCGUUUUGGUGGAGGUGGAGGAGGCAAUAGGGGCGGACCUCCUCAAGGAAAGUUUGGCAACCCUGGCGAGAGGCUGCGCAAGAAACACUGGAACCUUGAUGAACUCCCAAAGUUUCAGAAGAAUUUCUACCAGGAACAUCCUGAUACUGCUCGGAGACCACUUGUAAGACAUUGUGAAUAAUCUUCAAAGUAAACAAUAGACUCUCCUGCCAAUGUGUGAAAGUGUCUUUGAUUGUGUGUCGCUGGCACUCUUUUAAAAAUCCCUCUUUCAAUUCCAGCAAGAGAUUGAUCAGUACCGGAGAAGCAAAGAGGUCACUGUCAAAGGCAGAGAUUGUCCCAAACCAAUAAUCAAAUUCCAUGAAGCUGCUUUUCCAAGUGAGUAGAAAUUCAUGCCUCUGCACAAAUAAUCUUGAACACUCCGUACCUAUUGUUGACAUUUCUUCAAAAGUGUUCAACAAUCUUACUUGCAUCUUUCUUUUUCAGGCUACGUCAUGGACAUAAUUAGCAAACAGAACUGGACCGAUCCAACUCCCAUUCAGUCUCAAGGCUGGCCUGUCGCUCUCAGUGGCAAAGACAUGGUUGGCAUCGCUCAAACGGGGUCUGGAAAAACUCUCGCUGUAAGUGACGUAUUGUUUGUCUGUGCCUCUCAAUAGUAGUGAGCUCAUGAUUACAUUACUGACUGUAGAAAAUGUGGAGUUCCACUGUUCUCAUGCUGCUGCUGUUAUACUCUUUUUUUAAUUUGUGUCAUGUUAUAAUUACAUCCUGUUUCUUUGGGUUUUUUUUUUUUUGCUGUUUAGUAUCUGUUGCCUGCAAUUGUGCACAUCCAACACCAGCCAUUCUUGGAGCAUGGAGAUGGACCAAUAGUAAGUACACCUAAAAGUAACUGUUGUAGUGCCUGUUGAGUCCCUUUUCCCCUUAAUAAUUUAUUUCCCUCUGAUGGAUCUGUGUAUGUUGUGCUAAACAAAUUGGAAACAACUGGACAUCCUCACUAAUUAGGUUUCAUGUUGUAGUGUCAUGCUAUUUGCUGGGUUAUUUCUUUGGAGAGGGGAAAAAUGAAUGGCUUUUAAUUUGGUCUGUGUGUGACAGGAUGCACCUGUGAUCAUAAUCAGAUGUUUAAAACUCUUGCUCCUUUUUUAGUGCUUGGUGCUGGCACCGACUCGUGAGCUGGCUCAGCAGGUGCAACAAGUUGCUGCUGAAUACGGCAGGGUGUCCCGCCUCAAAAGCACCUGCAUCUACGGUGGUGCCCCGAAAGGACCUCAAAUCAGGGACCUUGAGAGAGGUAUGCUCUGUGAUACUCAAUUUAAUUGACUCUCUUCUGUUUGUUGGCAUGUGUUUGAAUUUAUAAUAUUUUUCGUUUAUAAUCUCCUAUAAUGCAUUUUUUUUUUUUUCAUUUAUUUUUAGGUGUUGAGAUUUGCAUCGCAACCCCAGGUCGCCUUAUUGACUUCCUGGAGUGUGGGAAGACCAAUCUGCGUCGCUGCACUUAUUUGGUGCUGGAUGAAGCUGACCGCAUGCUGGACAUGGGAUUCGAACCUCAGAUCCGCAAGAUUGUGGAACAAAUUCGGGUAAGAUGUGUUUUCAAAUACCAGUGAGCUGACAAUAUAAAGAGUAAACAGAAAUUCAUCCAGGACUACAGUUAGGGAUGACUACAUAUCUUCACACUCACAUGAGCUAUCGCUGAUAUCACAUAUCCGGCUGCUGCGUCAACAUUUUACUGCCAGAUUUGAACAGUUGUGCACACAGUAUGUCAGUGAUAGAGACAUGGGAAACGCUAAACUGAAGUCCUCCUUUAUGUGUUCUACAGCCAGACCGUCAGACCCUGAUGUGGAGCGCCACCUGGCCUAAGGAAGUUCGCCAGCUGGCAGAGGACUUCUUGAAGGACUACGUCCAAAUCAACAUUGGUGCGCUGCAGCUCAGCGCCAACCACAACAUCCUGCAGAUAGUCGAUGUUUGCAAUGACAUGGAGAAGGAGGACAAGUGAGCGGAUGAUUCCUACCUUUUAUCUAAGCAUCCACAAUUCAACUGACAAGAGAUGAAACUUUUUUUGAUCAGUCCUUACAAAAUUUAACUGUUGUUUUCCUCAUUUCUCUCAGACUGAUCCGUCUGCUGGAGGAGAUAAUGAGCGAAAAGGAAAACAAGACCAUCAUCUUUGUAGAAACCAAAAGGCGCUGUGAUGAACUCACUAGAAGGAUGAGAAGAGAUGGGUAAAGAUCUCUUCCCUUAUCUACGCCGAGUGGGGACAGUUUGGGCUUUGUCAAAUGAUACAUGUUCUUUCCCAUUGCUCCUAUUUCCUCUUUUUUCACUCUUUAAUCUGUCUGUCACAGGUGGCCAGCGAUGGGGAUUCAUGGAGACAAGAGCCAGCAGGAGAGAGACUGGGUUCUCAAUGGUGAGAUCGAAUAAAUCAUGCAGCAAGCUACAGAUUCGGUAGAUGUAAAGAAAUGGCUUUAGACUGAAUAAUUUUGUUCCUCUCUCCUCAGAGUUCAGAUAUGGCAAAGCCCCAAUCCUCAUUGCGACAGACGUGGCCUCCCGUGGCCUAGGUCAGUAUGAUAUGACGUGGCCCCUCUGUCUUAUCAGUGUAACACUUAUUUUAAAGAAAGUGGUUUUGCUUUCUUUAACUUUUCUAUGCAUUUUCUGAGUUUUUCUCACCUUAAGGUGGAGUCUUUGUGGCAGGCGCUAGGCAUGACAGUCCCAGGCCUCGAGAGGGAGAAGGAUGACAUAUUGGAAGUGCUCAACUGGCUUGCCACCCAGUGGGCCUAGAGAGGUGAAAGCUCUUGUGUGCCAGUGAUCCUCAAAAGGCUGUGUGGCUAAGCCUUUGUCUCUGAUAUGUUGUUGAAAUAUACACACACAUCUGUUCUCUGUCCAUGGAUUCACCAGACAAACGCCAUCCAGCUGUUUCCAACUCAAACGUAAAAAAAAAAAAAAGAAAAAAAGACAUGCUUGAUGUUGUGACUUUUGCCUUGCAUGCUGUUGUGUUACAGAGCACUGUACUGCAAGUCACUUGUUUGAGAUUCGGAAAAGAAAUUAAUCUUUUGAAGCUCGUAUCACAUAGCAUGGGUGCUUGUGAGCCUGUCAAAGCUUUCAGUUGUUUUCUUUUCCCGUCAAAGUGCUGGAUUUUCUUGAAAUGGAGAGAGCAGUUUGAAAUUUUUUAUUUGUCCCUGAAAAUUGAUGAGACCUGGCACAUGUGUUUAAGGGGUAAUGGGAACAUCUAGUGAGAGGAGAAAGAGAGCGAGACAGCUUAAACCAAAGUUCCUCCCUAGCCUGCGUUUUAAAGUCAUGUCGAGACCUGCCAACGAGAGACAUUUUCUCAAGUGAACACUGGCUUCUUGAAGGAUCUUGCCUUGAUGAGACUGAUGAAGUGGGCGGGCGGGGGGAAUUGUUCAGUGCUCUGUGAGGGGGUCCUACAGGGAUCAAUGCUUGGGCCUUUUUUCAUGUUUUUUUGAACAGGGCCCCUGCUCAAAUCAGUACUUGGUCUAUUUUGUCUUGGCAAGACGUGCAGUGCGGCCUUUUAAUAUCAAGCUUCUUUUGAGAGUGUACUGGGAAAAAGGGACCUGCAAAAAGCACCACAGAUUGGGCUUAUAUUGGCACAUGAGGACGCCCCAGUGCAUCUCGUGGCCCAACUGCGUAGAAGCUCCUGGAUGUCACUUGACAAUUUGUGGGGGAUUUCGCUGCAUUGGGAAAGGACUAGUGAAUGCAUACUCCUUUAUGGUAAGCCUUAAAUCAAUUUUUUUUUGUCUCCCUUGGUUAACAAAAGGGAGAGUGAGGGUCUUUUGGAUUAUUUUUAUCAUGGUAGGCAAUUGGAGUGUGCAUCGUUUCUCUCUUCCCACAGUAGUAUUCCCAUGUAUGAACAAUCUUAUCAUGUUUUAACGCUUUUUCUCUCUCUACAGCCUAAUGACCUUUUCCUCCCCCCAGCCUUCACAGCUGCUAACUUUUCCCUUUGAUCUGGCUGUUGUGGUGUGCAAAAUCCUGUGUGGCCUCCCGUGUUUUGUUUUGCCACACUGCAACACUUUCACAGAUGUGGAGGAUGUGAAAUUUGUCAUCAAUUAUGACUACCCUAACUCCUCCGAGGAUUAUAUCCACCGCAUUGGACGCACAGCCCGCAGUCAAAAAACGGGCACAGCCUACACCUUCUUCACCCCCAACAACAUGAAACAAGCCAGUGACCUGAUCUCUGUGCUCCGUGAGGCCAACCAGGCCAUAAAUCCAAAGCUGAUCCAGAUGGCAGAGGACAGAGGAGGUACUUGUGUGCAUUAAUAAACAUAAGAUAGUUAAGAAAGAUUGGAUGUGUAUUAAAAUAGAUUUGAAAAUUCACGGUAAGGCUUGAGUUUUAAUUUAGGACAGUUGUGUUUCUUUUUAGGCACCUCAGUUACUCGGCUUUGAUGACAUUUUUAAAUCCUUUGUCUUCAGAGCCUUUAUCAUUAUUAACAAAUGUACCGUAACAUUCACAUGGGGAUGAUAGAACACUUAUGGUCUUGGGUCUCCUUGAAUUGAAAGUGCAAUCUGUUUUUAUUCCUCAUGCUGUGGUUGAUUUAUUUGUCAAGUCAAACCAACCUGAAACAAACUAGUAUUUAAAAAAAUACAAAGCUAGCGUUAACUUGCAAUUUUUCUUCAUAACAAACAGCAUCUUAGCUAACCCACUAAAAGUCAAGACUAACCUUUCUGUGCUUGUCCUUGGUUUGAAAUUUUAGAAUUUGCUUCAAAAUGUGUUAUAAAGGUAGUUUCAAAAUGUGUUAUAAAGGCUUAAAAAAUUAACUCCAAAACGGGUGGUUAAAUUCUCUAUUUUUUUGUCUUUGUCCUUCAGGUCGCGGAAGAGGGGGAAGAGGUGGUUACAAGGAUGACCGUCGGGAUAGGUAUUCUGGGGGUGGGAGGAGCAACUAUGGGGGCAAUAGCUACAGGGACAGGGACGGUGAUAGGGGGUUCGGGCCUAAGAGUGCCUUUGGCGGCAAUAAGGCCCAGAAUGGUGGCAGCUAUGGGGGUAAUAGUGGCAACUCUGGCAGUAACUAUGGCAGCAACAACUAUAACAACAGCAAUGGACAGGGUAACUUUGGUGCUCCGACAAAUCAGGUGGGUGCCUUUGGUAACCAAAGCUUUCAGGGGCCCCCUCAGUUCGGGGCCAUGCAGAGGGCCGCCCAGAAUGGUAUGAACCAUCCUCCAUUUCCAUUUAACUCACAGCCGCCACUUCAGGCCCAGCAGCCGCCGCCCCCACCACCAAUGGUGCCCUAUCCCAUGCCACCACCCUUCCCUCAGUAGAUCUGACUUUCGCACAAUAUAUGGAACCAAUUUGAUUUCUGUUUAGUCCUGAAAUCUUCCAGUAUGAUUAUUAUUACUGUUAUCAUUAUUAUUAUUGUUAUUAUUAUUAUUAUAAUCCUUUGUACUGUUUCACUUUGUUUUGCUUACAGCAGGGUUGGAAUUAUUCAGUACACCCAGAGCAUUAAAUGGAGUCGUAGACACGUCUCUUAUGGAGCAACUUUGGUUGCUGCACUUUUCCUUGAUUGUUUUUUUGUUACAUUCCUCAGUAAUUUAUUUUUACUAGGUAAUGCAGUGCUCAGUUUGUGGUAUGUCAAAAGUGAUGUUAUGAAGAUCAAACAAAAGGGUGUGUGUUUACCCUUUUAAAUAAAAAUAAUAAAAUGGGACUUUGGUGUGAUGUUUUUUUUGUUGAAAGUUUAACUGUAAUUAGGCUCUGCUUUGACGUGGGUCUCAAUACCUCAAACUUUGUACAAACAAUAACAUAGAAUGCACAAGUUUGAUGUCAUUUCUGAUGUGGCUGAGUAAGUCUGGAAGCUGAAAGUAUGAGGUGUGCUGUUGGUUGUGUGAAAAUACAGAAGAUGGUGUGAGCUGCAACAAGCACAUAACUGCAGAAAUAGAGCUGCACUGCAAAAUAUUGAUUUUGUUGUCACUUGGAUAUCCUAAGGCGUACAGUAACACAUAGCACAACCAAGCCUGGUGC